AUGAAUGGGGAUCCUCAUUGCAUGACCUGGAAUGGAACAUGGUACGACUACCAUGGAGUGUGUGACCUUGUUCUGAUACAUGCCCCUGAUCUUGACAUGAGAGUUCAUGUGAGGACAAAGGCAAGAAAUGACUACAGUUACAUUGAGACUGCUGCCUUAUCCAUUGGCGAUGAUGUACUUGAAGUAUCCAGUUGGGGUGACUUUGCCCUGAAUGAUGUGGAUCAUGCUUUAUUGAUCCAUCAUGGGGACAAGAAAGGAGUAUCUACUUUGUCUGGCUAUCCUAUCUAUCACCGACAACCAUUUGCCAAGCAUCACAUCUUUGAUGUGGUUCUUGACCCUAAUGAGAACAUCACCAUCAGCACUUUUAAAGACUUGGUUUCUGUCAGGAUCUCUGGGGGUGCUGCCAAGCAUUUUGGGAGCAGUCAAGGCAUGAUGGGAUCAUUUGAUGGUGUGAUGCUUGCCAGGGAUGGGUCUACUGUCAUGUCUAACCCCAAUGCAUUUGGGCAAGAGUGGCAAGUGCAUGAUGACGAACCCCAGCUCUUUGUUAGAGCCCCUCAUUAUCCAGGGAAGUGCAUCUUUCCCUCCCAGAGAGGUAAGAAGACGGAAGUUGGCCGUGCAUGUCUGCGCAAAACAUUGGCCAAGUCUGCUGCUGAAGAUGCCUGCUCUCACCUCUCUGGAGAGAAGAAAGAUGCUUGUGUGUUUGAUGUGCUUGCCACUGGAGAUGCUGACAUUGCUCGGACCAGUACAUACUAG